AUGGAUAAGGCGCUUCCAUUGCGGCUUCUAGCUUAUGAGAAUGGUAGCUAUUUUGUCUUCAACCCUACCUCUCAAGAUAUCAAGUAUCAUAUUGUCUCGUACACCUGGGGCCCAGAGGCUGAGGACAAGUACACAUGUCUAAUUCCAGGCGUGAGCUGGGACUUGUCAAUUGCGAGCACAAGGCUCAGGGAGAUUCUAGGCUUUAUGGCCAAAGCCAACAUACACUACCUUUGGGUGGACUGCCUUUGCAUCAACCAGAGUGACGAUGACGAAGUCGCUACAGAGGUGGCCAAAAUGUUCGAGUACUACAAGAGCGCGGAGCAGUGUCAUAUUUUGCUGGAAAUGAAUGAGGUUUGGAACCCGCGACAGAUUGGCGAUGAUCUCAACUUUAUUGGCCAUGUUCUAUCUUACAUGGUUGGGACGUCUCUUACCUCGGAGGCGGUCGGACUCACAACCAAUGUCAUCAACCGCUUGUCUGCUUGGGCAGACGCAAGAGAAUGGAGAUUUGGCGUGGAAUACGACUUGGACGAAGUGCAGAUUAGAUCAGCAGGCAUCGACAUGGGCGUGCUCAACUGCUACGCCACCUGCAUUCAUCAUGUUAUGUCACUAUUCAACAACAAUUACUUCCAUCGUGUCUGGACAUUUGAAGAAAUGAUACUGGGCAAAAACAUAGCCAUGUGGGCUGUCAAGCUAGAAAGCAACCAAGUUGAGAAGCAAAUCGCUGACGCCACCAAUUCAGAGAAGCCUAAACCCGAUACACCGAGCCAGAAGGAAGGGUCGGCCCCGAUGGACAUGACUAUUCUGGAGGUGGACCAGGUGAAUGUGUCUGAACUUGGCGAGCUUCCAGUGUGGAUGGAUCUAACACUCUUGGCCAAAGAUAAGGCCGCCGCGUUAUCCGAUUGGAUCAAGGCGAAUCGACGUGUUCAGACGGCAGCCGUCGGUUCGAUUCUCGCUAUUAUAGAGGCGAAUGAUAUCAUCCUAGACGGAUUACGAAUCCAAGUCCGCGGUCUUAGAAGCGCAAAAAUCGAUGUCAUUAGCGGUGGCCCUUUUUGGUGGCGUGACAACCUUGCUGGCAUUGCCAAUAUCUUUGCCACCUUUUCACUGACGCCACGGAAGAGUAAAAAGAUGCGUGACAUUUUCAGAGGACUUCUAGGCCUCUUUCACGGUUUAUUCACACCGGAAGAGGUUAAGAGAGACCUAGGUGGUCACGAUUUGGAAGUUAUCUCCUUCAACUUCUUCAAGCAGCUGUCUUUGAAAACCGGACGCGGCUGGACCAAGCUGGCUGUGAACACCAAGGAAAGAGAAGGCUGGAACUGGAUACCACUACUAGAAGGUGGCGUGGGGAGUAAUCUAAGUAGCGACUGCUUUGCUAGCGUCGUCGACCUGGGGCGGUUGAAGCCAGACAAAGGGGUUGUCAAGACGCAAGCUUCUCUUGGCGUCAAGGGAACGCCACGCAAGUACAUGAAGAUUGAGAUAACUGAUCAAGGGAGCCCCAGCUUUUACUUUACCUUUAAGGGCUGCAACUGUGGCAAUACCGUCAAGGUUGGCACCUGGAAGAAACGACAACUCCCUGUUAACGAUCAGCCGAGGAACGUGAGGCCUGAUGAGACGGGAAGAGUGCUUGUCGAAUGUGCAACAAUACUAGGGUCGCUACUGGAUCCCUCCAACAAUCUUGUCCACUAUAGGGAAACGCUGCUACAUAGGCUGCGACCCCAGUGGAGUAUCAGCGACACAAACGCGAAACCUGCAAACUGGGAGGAAAGAUGCGUGCACGGCACACCAUGGGAGUACCCGGAAAUAUGGCUUCGAUCUCACAACAUGUCUAUGAACUACAAUUUGGUGGCUAUGGAAGGGUGUUGCUCCCGACUUGCCAGCGGCAGCGCAGCCAAUCUGGGAUGUACUGUGACCGUUGCUUGCGGCUGUAUUAUCAAAGCUCCAUUUUCCUUUAUAUUUGAGGCUAUUACAGCCAUUGGUGGGAGCUCCCUGGGAGGAGCUACAGCACGAAUAGACACGGCGAACAGGGUUAUGAUCCGAGACGGGUUCGGCCUUGUGCAAGCCGGUGAUGUUGGUAGAAGUUUCAGUCUCGUGGCGUUUGGCGGGGAUGUCGGUGCUUAUGCAUCGCAUAGUAAAAGCUGCAGAAGCACGCGGGAGACGCGGCCGAUAGAGCGGCGAGAGGACUGGCCAAUUGGUCGAGCCUUGGUGAACGAGAUGUUCGCUCAUGGUAGCAUGAAUAUGCUGAGAGAGUAUGGGUAUAUAAAGACUGGAGGCUUAGGGAAUCUGCUAAUACUUCGAAAUGGCCUGAGAGGUCCGUAUAAGAUUGCGGGCGUGUGCAUCGAAGAGGACAUAUUCCAUACAAAGGAGGACGAUCAAAUAGCGAUUAAAUAA